CAGAAGAAGAAAAAAUGGCCGACGAAGAGCAGCAGCUCGACCAGGCCGUCGGCAAGCGGAAAAAGAAGAUACACUUUGCUGUCGAACCAUCCACGAGAGACGCUGAAGCAAGGGUAGCAGACGGCGCUCCAGCGCUUGACGGAGACCUCCGGAGCGUCGGUCGCCUCGUUGUAGUGCCACCCCACCUGAGACACAGACAUGAGGAAGGCGGUGCCCUGCAACCCCGGCUCUACGGCAAGUACCGGCUGUCGCUGUGCCUCAUCCCGCUCGGCUUCCUCGGCAUCAUCGGAGUAGCCUAUUUGAUGGCUAUACCAGAGUCGCGCACUCCAAAUGGAACGCAGAGCUCGAUACCGCUGGCGGCAUUCACGAGCGCUGUGCCACCUGCAGUCAGCCCAGGCAGACCUUUCCCGCGUUACAGGUAUGUGGCUCGACCAGGCAUGUUCGACGCUCCACGUGUGCUCGUCACGACCAUGCCACCGGACAACGCCAUCACCACGUCGGAAGUCCCCAAGGUGUCCUGGGCUGCACACGUUCCCAGGAAGCCCAUGUGGUGCUUCUUUGACUCCAAGGAUUUCACCUACACGGUGAGCAGCCUGCCGCUGGAACUGUGCUCCGCCAUCAUCUUUUGCUGCCUCGAUCUCUCGCCAGGAGGAGACAGCGUCGCCGUCUUGACGGCUGACGAAGAGAGGUACCGCGACAUCGCCGAGCGCCGCAAGGCGUACCCGUGGGUGCGGCUGUUCGUGGGCGUCGGAGGCCCACGGGCCAUGGAGGAGGGUUUCCGCGUCCUCAGCUCGCCGAACGUGACCAACAUGACCGUGGUGCGCCUCUGCCGCAGCCUGCACAAGUUCGCCGGGCGCAUGGGAGGCGAAGGCGUUCUUUUCCACCCGCCAGCUAGCACCGACGGCGCCUACCACCAGUUCAUCGUGAACCUUCAAGAAUGUCUUGGUGCAUUUGACAUUGAGGUUAGCGUUGUGAUCCCUGAAGACGCCAUCGACGACAGGGCAUUCGUGAAGUACGAGGCUUACUACAGGUUGCUCAAGAACGUCGUCGUGUGGGCGCACAUUCCAAACAUGAGCCACGUGACCUGCUCCUUCGAUGGAAGCUUCUUUGAGCCGUGGUUCGAGUGGCUAAAGCGCAAGCCUCUGUCCGUUGCCACCAAGAGCCUUCUGUCGCUGAGCCUGGCGCCGCUUCGCUACCCGAUGCCGUCCGCCCAGGCAGGCAGGAACUGCUUCCGCAAGGAGUCGGCGAUAAAUCCUCAGAGGGUUCCUUUCGCCCAGGUGUGCCUCAGGGUUGCGGACAUGACGGCGGAGGAACCGCUGCCGAGGACCGCGUGUCACGUGUACCACGACCUACACGACUGCUACGUCACCUUCUCGUCCAAGGCACUGAGCGCCAUUGCAGAAGUGGUGAAUCGACACUUCCAGAACGGCCUGGCCGUGGUCGAUCUCAACUUUGACGACUACCUCGGCGUCUGCGGCGAGCGCCAUCGGCUCUUCAACGCACUGUAUAACAUCGUCGAUGGGUCAUGAACUCUCGCGGCUAAAAGUGCGGACUCGACCUGGACGCGGCACGGCCCGGAGGUGUCCCUCACCAAGCUCACAAAGCGGGGUGUCCUGGAAGGCCAAAAUAAAAUUUUGUCUUCGUCCGGAA